AUGUUACAACGUUCUCGUGUCUUUCCCUUAUCUUGUCUUCUUUUUCGGGUUGCAUCAAUACAUUAUGGCGGUCAGACGACCAACAAUUUUGGAUAUGCUAUCAUCAAGAUUGGAAUCUUUGCCAUCGAACCAUCAUCUGGCUUGAUCAAUCUAAUACGACGAAAUUCUUAUAUUGAAGAUGAUGAAAAUAUAUCUUCGGCAGAUGUUACAGAAACUGAUGAUUCACAAAAUGACGAUUCAGUGGAUGACGGAUUAAAAAGUGAGCCACACGCUACCCCAAGACCUUCAAUGGUCAAAAAUUUCGACGAACUAAAUUCUGUCAGUACUGUUGACGAUGAGGAAGCACAAAUGAAUUUACUUAAGACUCCCUUGAAACAUCUAUUCAUUCUAAGUGAAAACGGUAAACCCGUAUUUACACGAUAUGGAGAUGAGGAUCUUUUGGUGACUCUAAUGGGUGUUAUGCAAACACUUGUGUCGUUUGCUGAGUUGGCUGAUUCUAGUCAACUGACUUAUUUGAAAGCGGGCCGUAAUCGUAUCGCAUUUCUACAUCGCGAGCCAUUGAUAUUCGUUUUAGUAACACAUACUAACGAACAUUCGAUGUGUCUUAUUCAACAACUAACAUAUGCUUAUCAUCAAAUCAUAAGUACAUUGACAUUAAGUCGUAUUAAACAGAAAUUUGCUGUCCAACCAAAUUUCGACCUACGUCGAUGGCUAUCGAGUGCCGAAAAGAAAUUGUUAAUGAAUAUAAUCGAUAUGUAUGAACAUGACAUGGGAAUGUUAAUGACAUCAGCGCGAUGUUUGAUCAUGUCACCAAGUGUUCGGAGUCAAAUUGGCCAAAUUGUUGCCCUAACCAUUCGAGGGCAAAAGGAUAUGCUAUUUGCUAUUAUAUUCGCCCAUGGUCAUUUAGUUUCAAUCGCUCGUUUGAGAAAUUAUCAUUUACAUCCAGCGGAUCUUUAUCUUCUAAUCAAUCUGGUCAACAGCUCGGAUGCUUUCAAAGGCGUCGAAUCUUGGGUGCCCGUGUGUUUACCGCGAUUUGAUACCAGUGGGUGUCUACACGCACACAUCUCGUAUCUAGAUGAUGCUUGUGACGUAUGUUUCGUCUUGUUAACUGUGAAUCCUGAACAUUUUCAAAUUCUGUCCGACUUUAAGCAAACGAUUGCGAACAAACUGAGAAAACAAAAUUUAAUUACACAAAUUAAACAAGCAUUAGAAAGAGAGCGUCUCUUAUCAGAUGAAAUGGCAUGUCCUGAAUUACGCUAUUUUGCGUACAAAUCACGAGGUUUAAGUCAAUAUAUUUCGUCGAAACUACUAAAACCUUAUCUGACUAACGAUCAGCAUGUUCGAUUAUUUGAACUGAUUCGUUUUGUUUACGGACGACUUCACCAUCCGACUCAUCAAUUAAAACUCGUCUAUUAUGUAACCGAGCACGAAGCAAUACUCGGAUGGGUUUGUUUCCUUUUUGUUCAUCACUCGGAAGGAAGAUUUCGGUUUCUUUUUCGUUUAGUUGGCACCGGGCUUCGAAUUGCAUGUAGUGUUUUCGCCGUUAAUUACAUUGGAUAA